AUGUCUACUCCCGCUACCUUCUCGUCUCGGCGAGAAGAGAAUAUUCACUUGUUUGUGGAAUCGCGGCGAGAGAACUGCGACAAGCUACUUGGCUGGAAAAGUCAACUUCUCAGAACCCCUGGCAUCCGCCGCGAACUUUCAAACAGUCUCGAAGAUAUCAUGUUGUGCGACUGGGAUGAAUUCACCUUGCUACAUGACGCUAUUCGGGAAGAUUGGAGCGAAGCCGAUGAUGCAGAUCACAAUGGCUGGGAUAAUUGCUGGUGGACAGAGGGCUUGGGUAUCCAGGCGGUUAUGGAGGCCUUGAUCUGGGAUCUACAUGAUCGACCUGCAUACUACCAUUAUGCCGAGCUUGCCGAGAUUCUGAACAUUCUGUCAGUCUGUAUAGGUCAACUUCAAUACCAAAAGGAGAUCGACGAUCAUGUUCGGCAGAUGCGUGAUGCGGCACAACAGAUGAACCGUCGCCGGAGGUAUUUCGGACCCCGUCUGGGAGCGUUAUGCGAUGAGCUUUUCGAGAUCAUGCAGUGCGAAUGCCAGUAUUGCGGGGCAGAUGAAUCGUGA